AAAAUUGAAAAUUGAAAACUCCACUCUCUCUCUCCCCCAACAAAUAUAUACCCUUCUUACCCACAAUUCUAUGAUCACACUCUUCUUCUCUCGCUCCCUUUUCGAAUCGCCAUCAAGUUCUCCUCUCUCUUCUGUUCUCAAUUGGGUUUUCAACAAUUCGUCACAAAAAUGCGCAUGAGUUGCAAUGGAUGCCGGGUGCUGAGAAAAGGUUGCAGCGAGAAUUGCAGCAUCAGACCCUGUUUGCAGUGGAUCAAGAGCCCUGAAUCCCAAGCCAAUGCUACCGUUUUCCUUGCCAAGUUCUAUGGUCGUGCCGGCCUCAUGAACCUCGUCAACGCAGGCCCAGAGCAUCUUCGACCAGCGAUUUUUCGUUCGUUGUUGUACGAGGCAUGCGGUCGGAUAGUGAACCCGAUUUACGGGUCCGUUGGUCUGUUAUGGUCGGGGAGUUGGCAGCUCUGUCAAGCCGCCGUGGAAGCUGUCUUAAAAGGAGCGCCAAUUACGCCGAUCACUUCCGAAGCCGCCGCUAACGGGCGGGGCCCACCUCUCAAGGCCUACGACAUACGCCACGUGUCUAAAGACGAGAACUCGGCCGCGUCAAACGAAACCCAGCAGCGAGUCAAGACUCGUUCCCGCGUUAAGCGACCCCUCCCCAAGCCAAAACCCACCAACGAAAACACCACCAACAAUGAUACUACUACUACUACUACUACUACUACUAAGGGAACCGAAUUGGGUUCGGGAGAACCGGGUUCUGCACGCGAGCCGGAGCAGUGGACCGAGGGGCUGAACCGGUGUGGGAGUCACGAGUCGUCGCUUAGCCACCAAUCGGAGGCGGCGAAUGAGAGCAAAGAGAGCGAGAGCAUGGUGUCGGUGGAGACGGCGGAGACUUCGAUCCUCUUUCGAGAUGAACCGGAGUCUAACCCGAAGCGGGUUGAUCGAACCGAAGAGGGUGGUGAUCACGUGGGUCUGGAGCUAACGCUUGGGUUUGAACCGGCCUCGCUUGUGGUUCCUGUGAAGAAGAGAAGGAUUGAGUUGAAGGAUUGUAGUGGGUCGUGCAAGAUGGAACUUGGCCUUGAAUACACGCCUUGAGGGACUCUUUCUCGCCUCAAUUUUGACUCUUUCGGCUUUCUCUGUUUUCUUUUGUACAAGAGAUCAGAAUGUUACUUUUUACCUUUUUUAUUUUCGUAUUUUGGGUUAUUAACCCCCUCUUUCUUUGUCGGUUGUGAAUGCGGUGCUGUACAAACUACAGACAUGAAUGGUAGCUCCAUCAAAAAAUAACAUUUCAUCUUUGUUGG